UAUAUACCUCCUUUUCGUACUGACUAAUUCAUCACUGGACACAGUUCUUCACUCAUCUAUUUUUUUUUUUUCCUAAUUGGCUCCUUUCUUUGCUUACAAUGGCAAUGAAAGCUACGCUCUUUCUCUUUGCAUAUGUGCUUUUGGUCACCACUUGGGUUUCGCCUUCUGUUGAGGCCAAUAAAACAGAGCCUGAUCAUGUUAAACCUCCGGCCCAUGCUCCUGUAAAGGCUCCGGUCCAUUCCCCAGUAAAGGCUCCCCCUGUUCAUGCCCCAGAAAAGGCUCCAAUCCAUCCACCACCAAAAGAGCCUUAUCAUCAUGCUCCAGCAAAGGCUCCGGUCCAUUCCCCAGUAAAGGCUCCUCCUGCUCAUGCCCCAGAAAAGGCUCCAAUCCAUCCACCACCGAAAGAGCCUUACCAUCAUGCUCCAGCAAAGGCUCCGGUCCAUCACCCAGAGAAGCAUCAUCAUCAUCAUCAUGCUCAUGCUCCAAAAGAGGCUCCUGAACAUCAUCAUCAUGCUUAUCCCCCCAAAACCGGUCCUAUCCAUCACCCUCCAGUCAAGGCCGGUGCACCAGUCCCAUCAAAGGCUAAAGAAGGUUGCUAUCCAAUGUGUGAGAAGUACUGCAAGAAAGACAAGAAAAGGCCAUGUGUGAAGGAUUGUGUAGCGUGCUGUGAAAAGUUCAAAUGUGUCCCUGAACACAAGAAGAAAUGCGACUGGUACCAUGUGAAGAUCGACGGCAAAAUGAUCAAAUGCCCUUAAAUUGAAGGACUCAAAAUCUUAAAUUUUUCGAUGUUAUAGUACUACUACUACUACUACUUGUUAUUUCUAUGUCAGUUCUUUGAGAGGUUGUGUUAAGAGUUUGAUGAUCAUGUAAUAAAGUGUUUUACCUGAGGAGCCUCUGUGUCUGACUGUAUUUUGGCAAUAAUUCAUUGCUAAUAUUGCUUAAAUUUGUUGUUGUUGAGGGUUCUGAUCAGGAGGAGUCUGUAUUAAUUAAUUGCCUAAUAGGAUUCAUAAUAUAAAUGAGAAAAACUAGUAAUAUUAUUUUACUAUUUAAUUUC